AUGGAUGUCAUAAAAGAAGCUUGUGGAUUCUUUCAUUUGUUGGCCAAAUUAACAGAAAUAUUGAAAUCAACGAUUUCUGAAUGGUGUCCAGAACAAAAGAAAAAGAAACUUAUUUCACUGUGUGAAACCCGAUGGGUGAAAAGGAACAACUCAGUACUUUUAUUUAAAUACAUUUUGAACCCUAUCUAUCUCUCCCUUUGCAAAGUAGAAGAGGAAUUAAGUGACACGGCAUCUAAGGCUCACACUCUAAGUAGUGCUAUUAGUCAAUUUGUAUUUCUUGUUAAUCUUUUUGUUUUGAGCUGGAUGCUAUCAACCACCCAUAACUUAUCUGAACUGCUUCAAAACAAAAAUAUUGAUCUUCCACAGACCUUGACUAACGUCACAAGCAUCUUACACCUUCUGUCAAAGGAGAGGGCAAAUGCAGAUGACUCAUUUGAAGACUUAUAUAAAGAAGUGAGGACAUUCGCUGCAAAACUUGACAUUAAGGAACAGAUAUCAACAAUUUGCUGCCUUCAAUCAGCACUUAGAAAUGUCUCUUGCACUGCAGAAGAAGAAUACUAUCGAAGAGCUGUUUAUUUGCCGACGAUUUUUGUAAUUCACUUGAAGAAUGAUAUGAAUCUCGUUAGGGAAACAGUGGCAUCCUUACAAAAAGUCCUUCCACAGUUGUGUAUCACAACAGAUUUCGGUUCGUUGGAAGCUGCUUUUAAUUUCUAUGAAAAAGGUUUGUCACAUAAACAGAUUGUGCAAAGUGAAUUUACGUUGUGGGAAGAAAAGUGA